AUGGAUUUAGAAGCCAAAGAAAUUGAAGCAGAUAAAAAAGAUAAAGAAGAAAAUACUAUAAAAGAAGCAGAGCAGAUAGCAGUUUCAUAUGGAUAUACUAUUUAUUGUUCAGAUAGAACAAUGCAAAAACUAGUGAUUAAUCGAGAAUCAGAAAAUAUAAUAAAAGACUUAAUGGAAAACCUUCAAGAAGAUCUAGAA